AUGAAAUAUGAACGCCUCAUUAAAAUCUCGGAUAAAUUAUUGAUUAAAAUAUUCGUAAUUUUUGUAUUUUUUUCAAUAUCUCAAUCAAAAAACAAUUUUAUGCCGAACUUACCUGUGGGAGAAUAUCGUAUUGUCUUUCAAAAAUUAUAUCCUUGUGAUUCAACAAAAAACCAUUCAAUUUUAUUUAAUAUUUAUUUUAAUAAAAAGACAUUAAGUAUAACUGAGAUGAAAGGGAAUUUAACAUAUUUGAUACCUUUUGACGAUACUCUUAUACUUGAUAUAAAUCUGUCGUCUUGGGGUUCGACUGGUGGUUGGAAACCAAAUUCGAAUGUUCACAUAACAAAAAAUGCAUGUAGUAGUGUAAAAAAUCUCUUAGGAGCUCUUUGGUCUACAAUUGCCAAGGCUUUUAACUUCUCAACUGAAAGAUGUCCAAUACUACUGGGCACAUAUGUCACAUCAGGGAUUGACUUGAAGAAAUUUGAAGACCACAACUUUCCCAAAGUAUAUUUUUAUGGAAAAUAUAAAUGUGUUUUUAAGAUAAGAAAUGCUGAGAAUAAAGUAGUUGGAUGUGUGGUUUUUGAGUUUACUCUUAUACGACCAUGGGAAACACUAAUUUGA